AUAUGUUUCAACAUUCUGGAACUCAAAAUCCUAAAUCCGUAAACUGGUGACCAAUUAGGGAAAUUAGGAAGUAUGUGAUUGGCGUAAGACUUAUGUUAGAGGAGGGAGGAAACUGGUGACCAAUUAGGGAAAAAUAUAAGUGGGCUAUCUCGUGAGUGACUCGCUAGUAUCAACCACAGCAUAGUCUCUGUUUUGUUUUGUUUCCUUUCGUGUGAAAUGUAAAUUACCAACUACCCAAGUAACAGGAAGAGAUACAUAAAAGGCCAAUAAUAAGACCAAGGAGAGGGAGAGGGAAAGUGGGGGCUUUAGAGUUUACAAGGCAAAAGAAGGAGAAAUGGGGUGGGCAAUUGCUGUUCAUGGAGGAGCUGGAGACAUCCCCCUUUCUUUGCCCCCAGAAAAACGUCUCCCUCGUGAAGCUGGCCUCCGCCGCUGCCUUGACGUUGGGAUCGCCGCUCUCAAAGCCCAUAACCACCCCUUGGACGUUGUUGAACUUGUGGUUCGUGAACUGGAAAACAAUCCGCAUUUCAAUGCAGGAAAGGGGUCUGUCCUCACCACCUCAGGUACAGUUGAGAUGGAAGCAUGCAUCAUGGAUGGCAAGACAAUGAAAUGUGGAGCUGUUUCAGGUGUCAGCACUGUUGUGAAUGCCAUAUCCCUUGCGCGGUUAGUCAUGGACAAGACUCCUCAUAUUUAUCUGGCAUUUGAUGGUGCUGAGGCCUUCGCAAGGGAACAAGGUCUUGAGACUGUUGAGAUGAGCCAUUUUAUCACCCCUGAAAACAUUGAAAGACUUAAGCAGGCACAAGAAGCUGACAGAGUUCAGCUUGAUUACACUCAACCAAUUCCAAAGGAGGUGCCAAAAGAAGCUGCAGUUGCUGAUGGUGAUAGCCAGAUUGGCACUGUUGGAUGUGUGGCUGUUGACAGUGAAGGAAGUUUGGCUACUGCAACAUCAACUGGUGGAAUAGUGAACAAAAUGGUAGGCCGGAUUGGGGACACACCAAUCAUCGGUGCAGGGACUUAUGCGAACCAUCUCUGUGCCAUUUCUGCUACAGGCAGAGGAGAAGCAAUAAUCCGUGGUACCAUCGCAAGGGAUGUUGCUGCUGUUAUGGAGUUCAAAGGUCUUUCCCUCAAGGAAGCUGCUGCUUACGUUAUAGACCAAGUUCCAAGGGGCAAUGCAGGAUUAAUUGCCGUGUCUUCCACCGGAGAAGUCACUAUGCCCUUCAACACCACUGGCAUGUUUCGUGCUUGCGCUACUGAAGAUGGAUAUUCAGAAAUUGCCAUAUGGGAUUCUCCAACAAAGUAAGCCAUUGCUAAACUUUAGCUAUUUGCAGUCAUUUGCCUGAAAAAAAAGACUGGAAAGUUAUAAGAACAUGAUCAAAGGAUCAUAUAGUUGUUGUCGUCAGCAUUUGGGGACAUUAAAUGUUAUCUUUUUAUUGCUUAGUGUUAAUAAUGAUAUGUUUCCGAACAAUUAAAUCAAGUUUCCAUUUUCUGAAA